UUACCCCCUCUUUCUCGCUUCUUAUUAUAACCCGCCCGCCUCCGCUCUUCUCCUCUGCUCUCUUCUUCUCCUCCCCCCUCCUCGCCUUCAAUUCCCACGACAACCCGGAGAGUGGGAGGAGAGGGCGAGCCGAAUGAAUUGGAGUCAAGUUCGCCGUGAUCCCGCCGAGUAGCGCUGCUCCGCACUCCGGAAAUCUUCCUGAUCUGGUCAAUCCAGUAGAGGCUUAGGGAAGAAACGCAGAACAGUGGUUGGAUAAUAUGACAUCAGUCGGUUUGGUAAAUCCUUCAUCAGGUUUCCAGGAAACAAGUACUAGUGGAGGCAAUGACCGACUACCAGAAGAGAUGACCGAGAUGAACAUAAGAGAUGAUAAAGAAGUUGAAGUUGUGGUGGUGAAUGGUAAUGGUAAUGGUAAUGGGAUGGACACUGGUAAUAUUAUCGUGAUAGCUGUCGGUGGAAGAAAUGGGCAGCCAAAGCAGACUUUUAGCUACAUGACUGAGCGUGUGGUAGGGCAGGGUUCAUUUGGAGUUGUCUUUCAGGCAAAGUGCCUAGAAACUGGCGAGAGAAUAGCCAUAAAGAAAGUUCUUCAAGAUGCGAGGUAUAAGAACCGUGAGCUGCAAACAAUGCAAGUUCUUGACCACCCAAAUGUUGUAUGCUUGAAGCAUUACUUUUGCUCAACGACUGAGAAAGAGGAGCAAUACCUCAAUUUGGUGCUUGAAUAUGUGCCGGAAACUGUUCAUCGUGUUAUUAAGCAUUACAAUAAGAUGAAUCAACGCAUGCCUUUGAUAUAUGUUAAACUUUAUAUGUAUCAGAUAUGUAGAGGUUUGGCAUACCUUCAUAACUGCAUAGGAGUAUGCCACAGAGACAUAAAGCCUCAAAAUAUUCUGGUGAACCCACAUACUCAUCAAUUGAAGCUGUGCGACUUUGGCAGUGCAAAAGUUUUGGUAAAAGGGGAACCAAAUAUUUCAUACAUCUGCUCUAGAUACUACCGAGCUCCAGAGCUCAUAUUUGGCGCUACAGAGUACACAACUGCUAUUGACGUGUGGUCAGCGGGUUGCGUUUUUGCUGAGCUCCUUCUAGGGCAGCCUGUUUUCCCCGGGGACAGUGGUGUUGACCAGCUUGUUGAAAUUAUCAAGGUUUUGGGUACUCCGACACGGGAAGAAAUUAAACGGAUGAACCCGAACUACACUGAGUUUAAGUUCCCACAUAUCAAAGCUCACCCAUGGCACAAGAUAUUCAAUAAAAGAAUGCCAUCUGAAGCUGUAGAUCUUGUUUCUAGGCUUCUGCAGUACUCACCAAACCUCCGGUUAACUGCAUUGGAGGCGUUAGUCCAUCCAUUCUUUCAUGAACUACGAGAUUCAAACACCCGCUUACCAAAUGGCCGCCCCCUUCCUCCUCUCUUCAAUUUCAAGAGUCGCGAGUUGAAAGGAGUGCAGACGGAGUUUCUUUUAAAGUUGAUACCCCACCAUGCUAAGAAGCAAUGUGCCUUAUUAGGACCGUCAGCAAGCAGUUGAAUCCACUGUGAAAACUGCAUAACAGCAUUGCCUGCGGUAUUAUUGGAUAGGCAAUCCAUGUGGUUUUCUUCUAAGAUCUCACGGUCCUUCUACAACUGUGGUGCUACCACGUUUUGUAAAGCAAGAUAAAGAUUUGUACUCCGUAUAUCUUUCUGUCCUGCCCUCUGCCAAUCCUUCAUCACGAAGCAGACAAGAAGGCACAUAUGUGUGCUGCAAAUCGCAUACAUGUUUUUGGUUUGGUUAAGAUGAUAUCACAUGAUUGUAUUCAUUCCAAUUUUUGUGUGAUAUGAUACGACUACUCAGCUGCUAAA